AUGUCUCCACCCACCCAAGGUCAGUUCCUCCGUCUGCACGCUCCCCCCGAAGGGAGCCCCCGCGGUACCCGAGGAACUGCAAAGGUCGAAACGCUCCCCCUCACGCCUCCCUCCAAAGACAAGGAUCUCGUCCUCUUCAAAGUCCUCGCUGCAGGCUUCAAUCGUCGCGAUGAAUGGUCGAUGCAAGGCGCCUACCCAGGCUUGACCUACCCUUCGACGCUAGGCUGCGAUGCGUGUGGAUUCGUCGUUGGGGAGGAGAAACAGCGCUACCUCGUCGUUCCCACUCGCGGCUGGUCAAAGGACACGCGAGGACCAGAAGCGGAUGUGCCCGGCUCUGAUGGACAGAAAGCUGGUAAUGCGCUGGGAGGUAAAGGAUUUGGGCUAUUGGGUGGGACGCGCCAGACGGGCGGCGUCGGCUGCUUUGCCGAGUACAUGACAGUAGAGCGAUCCCAACUUGUGCCUGUGCCUGACCACCUCUCGGACGAGGAAGCCGCAGCCUUGCCCUGCGCAGCCGUAACAGCCUACCGCGCCUUGUUCACCAAGGCGCGUGUCGAGCCAGGCCACAAUGUCCUCAUCACGGGUAUCGGUGGAGGGGUGGCCCUCCUCGCCCUUCGCCUCGCUCUAGCACGAGGUGCAAACGUAUACGUGACCGGCGGAUCGCAGCCGAAGCUGGAUCACGCCCUCAAAGUGGGCGCAAAGGCAGGAGCAAUCUACAAAGAUGCCAAGGCAUGGCCAGAAGCGAUCAAGCAGUCCCUCCCCAAGGACCGUCCUUACCUGGACGCAGUCAUCGACUCGGCUGGCGGGGCCAUUUGCGCUCAAGCGCUCAAGGCCGGGCUUCGACCUGGUGGGUCUGUCGUCGUCUUUGGCAUGACUGCAACGCCCAAGGUAGACUUUACCAUGCGUGAGGUGCUGCAGAACGUAGACCUGUGCGGCUCGACGAUGGGAUCUGAAGAGGAGUUCCGUAGGUGCAUCAGAUUCAUUGGCGAAAAGGGCGUCAAGCCAGAUGUGGACACGGUGCUGUGGGGUGGGCUGGAAGAAGCCCGCGACAAGGGAUUCGAGAUGCUGGCUGAUGCCGAGAAGAGGGCGCGCGGCGGCAAGGUGGUUUGUCGUGUGGCCCCCAAGGAGGAGGGAAAGAGUGGUGGGCCAGAGGAGAGCAAGCUGUAG